AUGAGGGUAUAUACUGAACAUGGUGAGACAAAGUUACUUACCUACUUUAUGAAUCCUAAACCUGUUAGGAAGGUAACUAUUGUACAAAUAUAUGAAAUAAAUGAAAAUGAUGAUAAUGAAAACCCCACAGCUGAGGUACAAGAUUUACCAAGCCCACCUAGAUCAUCCCCUAUUGAGGUUGAGGUACAACCAUUACAUGUCGAGGUUCAUGAUAGACAAAACGAGCUUAUUGCGAAUGACUUUAUGGAGGCAGCUAUAGAAUUUGAUAUUGGUUUGUAUCAAACGAUAUUACAAUCAAAUGCAGAUGUUCAUGAACAAGUACAAGUAGAAGUGGAAGAACAUGUUCAAGAUGAAGUCGAAGAACAUGCACAAGUAGAAGUAGAAGAAAAUGUAGAAGAUGAAUUGGAACUGGAUCAUAGACAUGAGGCUGCCAUGGAAGAUAACUUGGAUAAUUACAAGGAUAAUUACAUAGACAACAACAUGGAUGAUUACAUGGAGACUGAAAUGGAGCAUGAUAAUGGGAGCAAUUCUGACGGAGAAGAUGGGAGCAUAUCUAAUAGGGGAGAGGGUAGUCACUAUGAUGAGGAAGAUGACAGUGAGGAUAGUGAGGAUUAUGAGGAUAGUGAUUGGGUGGAUGAGGAGAAUAUCAUUCCUGAAGUUGAAGUGGAUAUGAGGGAUUUCCACAUGAGCAUUGACAAUGAAGUAGAGUUUUUUGAGAAAAGACUAAGGAAUAGCAUGGGGAAAGAUAGAAAUCAGGAGCAUGAAGAUACGAAAUUGGAUGUUAUUGACAAUGAUGAAUGGUAUUCAGCAGAUGAUGAUUCUGAGAUGGGCAAGAAGAGAUGA